ACGGAAGAAAACCGCUUGCAUCAUCUUUGUUGUCGUCGGCGUGCCAGAGGGGAUCGGUCCAGCGAUACUAUGCGGGUCCUUCUGCGCAAGUACAUGGGCCGCAUGCGCCUGCGCCGCCGGGCGCGCCGCCUUUCGGAGCGCAAGACAGAUGCGGUUGCUGACGUCGCCACCGCCUUUGACGCGCUCUCGAUCGAGCAAAAGGAGGCGGUCAUCGCCCGCGUCCUCGCGAGCCACAAGAAGGACUUCAACCUCGAAAAGCACUUUGCCGACGCCGACGUCAACAAAGACGGCGUGCUCACGACCGUCGAGUUCCACUCGUACAUCACGUCGCGUUUUUUGCCGCAGACGAUGGCGGCGUCGCUUGGCCAUAGCUCGCUCGAGCGACCGAGUGCGCGCCAGCUGCGCCUCGUCAUGCUGGCGUCCGGCAUCCCGUUCAUUGGCUUUGGCAUCGUCGACAACCUCAUCAUGCUCACAGCAGGCGACUCGAUGGAGACGUACUUGCGCGCGGCGAUGCCCAUCUCGGUGCUGGCAGCCGCGGGCUUGAGCAACUGCGUCGCCGACGUUGCCGGCCUGAGCCUCGGCGGUGUCAUUGAAUCCUUUGCGCGCAAGCUCGGCAUUGGCGACCCGCAGCUCUCGUCGACGCAGGCUCGCAUGCCGAUCGUGCGGGGCAUCUCGUAUCUCUCGUCGGCCGUGGGCAUUUCAUUUGGCUGCCUCGUUGGCAUGCUGCCGCUGGCCUUUAUGGAUACGGAGGACGAGGAGGCCGAAGCCGCCAACCUGCAAGCGACCAAAGAGAGAUACCAGCGGAUCCGCGUACGCUCCAUGUCGCGGCGUGGCCUCGAGAGCGACGAGACGGCCGAGCUGGGGUGACGUUGCUCCAUCUUUGUAGCCCGACGAUAGCGAAGCGAACCGUGAAUAGAAAGUUUCGUCUCGUCGCCGUCUUUAGCUGAAUCCUAGAGCCCAAAGACAUGUAGUGAAAAGCGUUUAGGAUUCAUA